AUGUCAGAAGAGCUCAGGGACGAAGUCGAGGCCAUCAACUCCAUUUACGGCGAUGGGUGCUUAGUCCAGGCCAGCGACGAUCCAAGCGUUUACAUCUUGACGCCACCAGAGGAAUCGUCUUCUCUUCGUAUUCAAUUCCCGCCUGCGUAUCCCGCCGAACCCCCAAGUGUCAUUGGUACUAACAGUACUGGAGAACAUGGCAGGCGUGGUGAUGCUGCGAGGGAAUUGUCUCUUUUUCGUGAAGUCAUUGGCUCUGUGUAUGAACCUGGUAUGGUCUGUCUGUUUGAUGCCAUUGAGGAACUAAAGCGACGCUUGGAAGAAUCCGUCGUCCCAGAAGAAGCUGAGGAGGAGGAGACAUUUGAGGCCUAUGCUGAAGAAGCAGCCGAAGAUGCUCAACCCACCCAGGACCUGCUCAACAUGCCGGAACCGCCCUGGAUUCUUUCGGACCCUUUUGUCGAGCUCAGAUCAACAUUUCUGGCCCGUUGUGCUCCCGUUACAUCAGUGACACAAGCAGAAGGAUACGUCCAGCACCUACUUGCCACAGACAAGAAAGCUCGCGUUGCGACUCAUAACAUGACUGCUUGGCGCAUUAAAGGACCAAAUGGCACCACUUUUCAAGAUUGCGACGAUGAUGGAGAAACAGCUGCUGGCAGUCGAUUAUUGCAUCUUAUGCAGCUUAUGGAUCUCUGGGAUGUAAUGGUAAUCGUCUCUCGGUGGUAUGGAGGUCACAAACUGGGACCACGCCGAUUUGCUCUCAUCAACCAGGCUGCAAGAGAUGCUUUCGUUAAAGCUGGACUCGUGACAGAGCAACAAUCCAGCAAGAAGAAAGGUUCCGCCAAAUGA